UCCGGGCUUCUCGGUGGGGGCACGGGCUGGUGCGGCGCAGGGGGUCGGGCAGCCACUCCAGCGUCCCGCCUGGCUUUGGAGCUGCUGGGCUCGUGCUGUCUUCCCGGGCUGCGAGUCUGGCGGGGAUCCGCGUGCCUCGCGGGGUGGGGGCGUCGGACGGCCCGCUCCCCCACCACGGCCCGGGCGGUGGUACCGCCCGGCCGAGUCACGCGCCCCGAGGCGGGCGCGGCGGAUCUGUGAGGGUACACGCUCUGCAGACAUUCAGACCCCGUCACGGCCCCUCCUCAGCCCCCGUGGCGCCCUCUGUUCCUUCGGCUGUCACCUGGGAGCCCUUUCGUCCGAAACUACAUCCCACCUCCUCCGGUGUUUCUCUGCCCUGGACCCCUGUCCUUGCGUCCCUAACGCGGUCACCGCACGAGAGGAGGCGGUGUGCCGCGCGUCCCUGCCCGCCUGGAAGCAGGCCUGGCCCAGUCUCCAGGGCACCAUGAAUGCCAUCGUCGCGCUCUGUCACUUCUGCGAGCUCCACGGCCCCCGCACGCUCUUUUGCACAGAGGUCCUGCACGCCCCACUCCCGCAAGGGGCGGGGAGUGGGGACGGCCCUGGCCGGGGCGAGCAGGCUGAGGAGGAGGAGGGCGGCAUCCAGAUGAGCAGCCGCGUCCGCGCCCACAGCCCGGCUGAAGGGGCCAGCGCAGAGUCCAGCAGCCCGGGGCCCAAGAAGUCGGACAUGUGCGAGGGCUGCCGGUCACUCGCUGCAGGGCAUCCCGGGUACAUCAGCCAUGACAAGGAGACCUCGAUCAAGUACGUCAGUCACCAGCACCCCAACCACCCCCAGCUCUUCAGCAUCGUCCGCCAGGCCUGUGUGCGGAGCCUGAGCUGUGAGGUGUGCCCCGGCCGCGAGGGCCCCAUCUUUUUUGGGGACGAGCAGCACGGCUUUGUGUUCAGCCACACGUUCUUCAUCAAGGACAGCCUGGCCCGGGGCUUCCAGCGCUGGUACAGCGUCAUCGCCAUCAUGAUGGACCGCAUCUACCUCAUCAACUCCUGGCCCUUCCUGCUGGGCAAGAUCCGUGGGAUCAUCGACGAGCUCCAGGGCAAGGCGCUCAAGGUGUUUGAGGCGGAGCAGUUUGGGUGCCCGCAGCGUGCCCAGAGGAUGAACACUGCUUUCACACCGUUCCUGCACCAAAGGAACGGCAACGCUGCCCGCUCGCUGACGUCCUUGACGAACGAUGACAGCUUGUGGGCGUGCCUGCACACCUCCUUCGCCUGGCUCCUGAAGGCGUGCGGCAGCCGGCUGACCGAGAAGCUCCUGGAAGGCGCGCCCACUGAGGACACCUUGGUCCAGAUGGAGCAGCUUGCGGACUUGGAAGAGGAAUCAGAAAGCUGGGGCAACUCUGAGGCUGAAGAGGAGGAGAAAACCCCUGUCUUGCCCGAGGGGGCCGAGGGGCGGGAGCUGACCAAGUGCCCAGCGGAUUCGUCCUUGCUCUCAGACUGUGGAAACUGGCAGCCCCGAAAGCUCUCUGUCUUUAAAUCCCUUCGGCACAUGAGGCAGGUCCUGGGUGCCCCGUCUUUCCGGACUCUGGCCUGGCAUGUCCUCAUGGGGAACCAGGUGAUCUGGAAAAGCAGAGACGCAGACCUUGUCCAUUCAGCCUUUGAAGUUCUUCGGACCAUGCUGCCCGUGGGCUGUGUGCGCAUCAUCCCUUACAGCAGCCAGUACGAGGAGGCCUACCGCUGCAACUUCCUGGGGCUCGGCCCCCACGUGCAGAUCCCUCCCCACGUGCUGGCCUCAGAGUUCGCCGUGGUGGUGGAAGUGCACACGGCCGCUCGCUCCAGCCUGCACCCGGCCGGGUGCGAGGACGAGCAGUCCCUCAGCAAGCACGAGUUCGUGGUGACCAGUGGGAGUGCUGUAGCUGCAGACCGAGCUGGCCCCACCAUCCUGAGUAAAGUGGAAGCGGCUUUGACCAACCAGAAUCUGUCGGUGGACGUGGUCGACCAGUGCCUCGUCUGCCUCAAGGAGGAGUGGAUGAACAAAGUGAAGGUCCUCUUUAAAUUCACCAAGGUGGAUAGUCGGCCCAAAGAGGACACACAGAAGCUCCUGAGUAUCCUCGGAGCGUCUGAGGAGGACAAUGUCAAGCUGCUCAAGUUUUGGAUGACAGGCCUGAGCAAGACCUACAAGUCACACCUCAUGUCCACGGUCCGCAGCCCCAUGGCCUCAGAACCUCGCAGUUGACCCCGUCCUGGGGCUCUGUGUCUGGGUAGGCCUCCUGGGAUGUGGUGACGUCCCUCCUUGCCGUGGAGCUCAGACACAGGUCUCUGAUGGCAUUCUCAGGCUGUCCUCCCGUUUCCAAACUGCUGGCAUGAAGCUGUUUCCUAGUAAGGAAUGGAAAAUGUUGGGGCUGAACUUUGCCCUCUGUGUGGGAUGUGGGCCUGGUGUUGUUCUUGGCACCAUCCCACAAGCUAUUUGAAUUGCUCCAGCCCUGAAGAGGGCAGUGGGAGACUUGUGACAGUUAGUCCCGUGCAUUCGCGCACCCUUGGGAGAGAAGAACGUGAGGAAGGUGUGUAUCUUGUGCAUCUCAUGGAUGCUGUUCUCAAAAUUUACAGGGAAACAUGUCAGGCCAGCUCCACCUUGGGUAUCUUAGCCGCAAUGUCAUACCCUCUCUUGAGGUUGAACCUUUCUAUUCUGAAGUUCAGCAAGGGUUUUCCAGGUAGUGCAUGCAUAUGUGAGUUUUGUGAAUUUUCAGGUUGUGUUCUGAUCCGUAGUUAUUGUUAGUAAUCUGGUUUUGAGUUAGGGCUCUGGGAAUGCCUUUUGGGGUGGAGUGGAUGUUUUCCUCAUCUUUGAAUCAUCUGGAAUUCGCAUUCUGAAGUUAUCUGACGACCAAGUCUUCUGGCCAUGUUCUUCUGUGGUUGCUUUGAAAUUACCCUGUAGCUUGAGGACAAACCCUGAUCUUUUUUACACAAAGAGGAUACUUUGCUGAAAUGUCAGAUGGAGUCGUUUGACUGGCCUGGCUCACUGUAUGUGGAGUUGAGAAACCCAUCAUAGUUUUAUUCCGUAUCACUUUGCCCUCUGUUGCUUCUUUAAACGUUUACAUUUGGCUGCAGUUAAGUUUCAGAGUAUGGUAGUUUAAGACAGGUUCAUCGUCCCUGUGUACAUUUUUAAUAAGGAUUCAUGGUUUGGAAGGAUUUUCCAGUAAUUUUGCUGAUUUGUUUAUAGUUUUUUGUGUUUAAUUUAUAUUUAACAGGAAGACCAUGUUUAUAUGACUAGGUAUCUGUAUCAUGCAAGAACAUUGAAAUAAUAAAGAUAUAUUUUUAUAAACUGUU